AGGGCCCCAUUCCUUUCUCUCCUCUUCACACUCACUUGCGGCGGCGGUGCGGAGAGGAAGACAAGCCUCCCCCUCGCGUCCGCCCCAUAAGCUCUGCCCCCUGGAGCCGCGCCGCCAGCGCCAGACAAAGCUGCCUCUUUCCCUCAGGCUCCUGUGUCCGGCCAUUCCCGAGCAGCCCUGCGCGGAACGUGCUUCUCAGGGGGCAGCCUCCGGCAAGUGCAGCAGUCCCAGGCGCUUUCUGCGGGCGAGGAGAGUCGCCCUGGCUUGGGCGGCUGAGGAAGAGUGGCGGGGCGCUGGGCGGCGGUGGCACGUUGGGAGUUGUGACCCCCGCGGCUGAAGAUGGAGCAACAGCCCCACGAGCUGCACCAUCACCAGGAGCAGCCGCCGCGUCCUCGCUCUCACACGGUCACCACCACCAGCAGCUCCUUCACGGUGAACUUCUCGUCCACUUCCAGCACCCUCGCCUACGACAGGGAGUUCCUGAAGACCUUGCCCGGGAUCCUCAUGGUGGCUGAGAUCGUGUUAGGAUUGCUAGUAUGGACCCUGAUUGCUGGAACAGAGUAUUUCUUGUAUCCUGUAUUUGGCUGGGUGAUGUUUGUGGCUGUAUUUUACUGGGUUCUUACACUCUUCUUUUUAAUCAUCUACAUGACAAUGACAUACACUAGGAUUCCCCAAGUUCCAUGGACCACUGUUGGUCUCUGUUUUAAUGGGAGUGCCUUUCUUUUAUACCUCAUUGCUGCCAUUGUAGAUGCAUGCGCAGUUACCAAAGAACUGGACAGCCACAACUAUAACAGCUGGGCAGCUUCUUCAUUCUUUGCCUUCGUUGUCGCUUCCUGCUAUGGUGGGAAUGCUUAUUUUAGCUUUGUGUCUUGGAGAUCACGGACCUUGCAAUAAAUAUUCUCGGUAGAGGAUAUGUGACAGAAUUUUUGGAGUGUUUAAAAAAAAAAAAAUGCAGGCAUGCCACCUGAUCCUACACAUUUUUACUCAGAAGUGAAUCUCAAUAGCUCAACUCAGACAUCAAGGCCAAACUACUGAUGCGUAUAUUGAACAUGCCACGGGCUCACACACUUCCUCCUCCCCUCCCUCUUUCAUCAUGCAAGUUGGUUGCUUCUUCCACUUCCUGCUUCGUGGUAACUGUAAUUAUGCUGUGACAUCCAACUCAAGCAACCUAUGACUAACAGAAACUAGAAAGCAGGGGAGAGGAUUGAUGCACUUGAGGGAGUGGAGAAGGCAGCACUGGAGUUUGCAGCAUAUUCCCAAUGUCCAAAUGAACUGAGCCAGAGUCCAGUGAGGUGUAAUUAUUUGCAGGAUUUCAACCUUAAUUUUUAUGGACAGUGUUUUGAAAGUGUGAUUAAAACAGAUUUAUUUAAAUCACGCUGGUUUUGUAGCAGGGAGCAAUUGUAUCUUGGUUUGAUAAAGUAUUAUGAGUCGAUGUUAUACUGUGUAUUGAUGAUGAUGAACAUUACAGUAUGUAUGCUUCUGUAACAAAAUUGUUAAUGCUUAUCACUGUGGUUUUUUACAUUGUAAAUGGAGUUAAAACUUCUGGAUUAAGUGGCAUUCAUCAGGCAUAAUUGAUUAAAUAUAAGCAAGAAUAAUUUAAAAUAUUUUUAUAUGAUUAGAAAUGCUUCUGUAUUUAGGAAAACUUUCCUGCUUAAGAGCCGCUGUACACAUUCCUGAAGAUUUAGAGAUCUGCAUUAAGUUUUCCAUGGAAUACUUUAAUGUAUCUCCUAAAUUAGCAUGAAGGAAAGUGUUUAGCCUCUGGUUAGCCAACAAAUAGAACACAAUCUUGCAAAUAGGUAUACAACCAACAUACCUAACUUUGCCAAAAGCCACCAUUACAAGCUUCUCUGAAGCUGUUAAAGUGGAAGCUGUCGAUGAAAAUGUCUGGAAAGUACAAAUAGAUACUGAAGUCUUUCACACAACCGGUCAGGCGGGCCGGGUCCAACUCACUUCCACCCACCACCCACCCACCCCGACAAUGAAGUAAAUGUUGCUGGGAGUGCAGACUGCGCUCCAAGAUGAUCCACAUUGCAUCAAGCAGCAUAGAUCUCUGGAGUCCCAGACAACAUGUCCCGGCCUCCAGAUAUCCCUCAGUGCACCACACAAUGAGCACUGAAGGAUUCCCCCAACAUACAGGUGCUCUAGGCACUCAUCUUUGUGUCUGCUUGUGCUGCAAGCUUCCCAGCAGAUACGCAAUCUCAGCAGCCAGGGUAAGGAUGCACUUGUGCCCUUAACCCUGGCUGACAGCUGGGCUACGGAGCCAGGUUUGGCAACAAGGCAGCACCAGGAUCUGUGUGGCUCCCAGCAGUUUUCACGAGCACCCAAGCCCAGCCCUAUUGUAAAUUCAGUGCCUCUAGUAUUUCCUAAGUGAUCUUGUAAAUAUCUUUCUUCAAAUAUGGGGCAAUAGACGAAUUAGUUUUCAAUAAUGAUACAUUCCAAUAUAGUUACAUCUAAACGAUGGAAACUUCAGUUGGUUUUUUAAACUGUGACUCACAUUCUGUGCUGCACAUAUGUUCAGCACUGCUCACACUGCUGUAUACAUCUCAAAGACCACCCACACUGCUGGAAUUUUGUGAUCGCAAUCAUCCAAUGCUAUAUCCCUUGGAAAUAAUGGACACUAGCCGGCCCUGCACAGAGCAUCUGUGCGCUCUUUGGGGCCGGCAGUUAUCUCUCCCCCGCUUCUGCCCCAGUCUCCGCUUCCGGGCCCAGCCUCCUCUCCUCCCCACCAGCACUUCUGCCCCCCAACUUUCUUCCCCCCCUCCUGGGCCUUGCCUCCGCGGCCGGGCUGGGCCCACUGCCUCUGGCCUUCAUGGCCAGGCCACUGCUGCAGCACCAAUCCUCCUGGGUGCGCCUCAGCCAAUCAGGUGCAUCCGCCGCCAAGCCAAUCAGCUGGGCGCUGGGAUGCACAUUACAAGGCACACCUAAGAGAAUUAAUAUAAUUGAUAAUGUCACGCAACUGCAGUUGCACAAUUUUAAGUUUCAGAGGAAGAUCUUAUUUCCACAACAGUGUGGGCUGUGCUUGAGACACAAGCAGCAGCAUGGGCAGUGCUGAACCGUCCCUGUUCUACUGCGUAGAAUGUGAGCCAAUAUUCUAAGCAGUUGAGUCUUGUUAGUAAAAUGACUUUAUGGAAGAAACAGAUCAUCCUCAGGAAUCUCAUUUUUUUGCACAUUUAUUUCAGACAUUUAAAAAUAUGUAGUUGCUAACAAGAGAAUUCUUCAGUUAUUUUGUCUGGUAAGAGCAUGUGUUAGAACAAGUUUAUUUUAAUUAACUGUUUAAAAUGUAAUGGUUUAAGGGUCAUAAAAAUAGCAAGCAAGCUAAUCUUUUAAAACGUGAAUGAUUUCCAACUUAAAAACUUGGAGCCAUGAUAUCCAUGUGAUACUUGUAUUUCCUGUAAACUCUUCUAUGUACAUGAAAAUGAAAACAUUUUUUUAAUUAUU